AUGUCGACCAUUGACGCUCAUGUGGCCAAGGUUCUCGACAAGCAGAGACCAGGACAAGACUCCGACGAUGAAGAUGCUCUCAUUGCAGAGCUCGAGGACGACGAAGACAAUGCCUUUUCCGCACUGCGAGAGCAGAGACUUCAACAACUUCACUCAGAAAUGGCCAGAGCCAAGAUGAUGAAGGAGACAUCCCACGGCACUUAUAUGGAGAUCAAGGACGAGAAACAGCUCAUGGAUAUUACCAUCUCUGAAAGGUUAUGCAUUGUCCACUUCAUGAAGCCUGACUUCAACCGCUGCGGCGUCAUGGAUGAAAAGCUCCGGAUCCUGGCCGAAAAACACUUCGAUACUCGCUUCGUCAGCAUCAAUGUCGACAAUGCCCCCUUCCUGGUAGUGAAGCUUGGCAUCAAAGUUUUGCCAUGUGUCAUUGCUUUCAAGGAUGGCGUGGGGAUAGACAGGAUCAUCGGCUUCGAAGGCAUAGGCUACAAGCCGGACUCCUUCACUGUGGCGGAGCUAGAGGCAAGAUUACUGGCAUGUGGCGUGCUGGUCAGAUCGAAAAUGAACGACGGAGAUGAUCACAGAAGGGAGCGGAAGAGGGAGGAGCGGGAAGAGGAUGUUUACGCCGACGACUGGGAUUAA